AUGAGUGGACUAGGGACAAUCGUUUUGGUGCGCGAUGUGAUUGGCGUUGCUCUCAGCGGAGAUGAGAAACAACAGAAAGCGACCUCGACCCGCCACAAGAGGCCCGGUAGUGGUGAAGAUGCAUUCUUUGCAAGCACAGUUGGCGCAGCAGCUGAUGCAGGGACAGUCGCGUUUGCGGUGGCGGAUGGGGUGGGAGGAUGGGCUGAACACAAGAUUGAUCCUGCCGACGUUUCACAUGGAUUAUGCACGUAUAUGGCACAGCAUGCUUUGGGAGAUUCGUCUUCUCGGCGGAAAUUACGGCCAAAGGAGCUGUUGCAGAAGGGAUAUGACUCUGUGGUGGCAGAUGAGUCUAUUACUGCCGGCGGAACUACAGCGUCUGUGGGUGUUGCGCAGCCGGAUGGAAGCGUUGAGUUGGCCAACCUUGGAGACUCCGGAUCCGUCCUUCUCCGCCUCGCAGCCGUGCAUCAAUACUCUACACCGCAAACACAUGCCUUCAACACCCCGUAUCAACUAAACAUCAUCCCGCGGCGACUACGUGAGCAGGCGCACAUCUUCGGCGGCGUAUAUUUCGAGGAUACCCCGCGCGACGCCGCCGUGUCCACGCUGACCAUGCAGCAUGGCGAUGUGCUCGUGCUAGCCACCGACGGCGUAUUCGACAAUCUCAACAAUUCCGAGAUUCUCAAAAUCGUGACGGGUCGUAUGCUCCUCACUGGCGCGUGGAGUUCUAGUUCUUCUCCUUCGCCUCCAGAAGAGAAACGAAACAACGGUGCCAUCUACGCAUCUGAGAAAUUGCGAGAAUUAACCGAACCCGGUGCGCUGGACUUGGCGUCACCAUCGUCGUCAUCAUCACCUAUUAAAUCGAGCACAACUACAAACCGCCAUCACACCCUCCAAGCACUACUCGCAGCGUCGAUUGUGGGCGAGGCAAAACUGGCCAGCGUCGACGUGCGGCGAGACGGGCCUUUUGCAAAGGAAGCUCAGCGGUAUUAUCCCGGUCAUUGGUACCGGGGAGGCAAAGUGGAUGAUAUCACGGUGCUAGUGGUUAUUGCUAUUGAGGAAUAG